AUGACCAAUUCUGAUGUGUCCGAAUUCGACUUGCAAAGCCUUCUGCCGAGACCCGUCCACAGAACAUAUAGACACGAAUGGGUAGAUAAUCCUCCCAGCUCACGCCCCUGUUCUGCUCUCGCUAAGUUCAUCACCUCGAACCACACGACCGAUGAUGACAACCUUUUAAGACCUAUGUCGGCCCCGCCAACUCUCAAACUCACUCCCACGAGUGGAUGGCCGGAAGAGACCGCCACUCGGUGUUCCUCAUUUCCUACCUCCGUUUAUCCUGAAACAACUGCAGAAGGGACACAAGACGGCCCCAAUGAUGUAGGCCUCCAACUUGAUGCAGUAGCCCAGUCCUUGUUGGACAUGAGCUCGUUUUAUCGGUGGGGCCCUGAUUGGCCCGGAUACGUCCGAGUCGGGUUAUUUCGCCGAUGCGACCUCUGUACAAGACUGGGACAGCUUUUUUUCCAAGAUCACUACACCAUGGGUGAGGACAAUGAUCACAGGGAAGUCUAUGCCAUUACAUACAGAUGCAAUCUACAUGCUGAUCCAUACACACCCCUCGGUCACGCUGCACUGAGAGGUUCUGGGAAAAGUUCCAUGAACCAAGGGGACGAGGUAUGA